AGACGACGCACUUGAAAUUCAGUACGGUGUAAUGAAGAAUGACCAAGACGGCCAGAUGUCAUUCGCAAGGCAUGUGUACGCCAACCCAUUGAACCCUGAAAUUUGCCCUGUGCUGAGUUUGGCCGUUUUGUUGUUUACUCGUGGCGCCAACCUCCCAGGCUCGCAGUCCCUCUUGUUCGGCUACAAUGCCAAGGAACGUUUUUCAACUUGGCUCCGCAACACGUGUUCCAACUCUGAAGACGACAUCGUGUCGAUGGGCUUGGCCAUUGCGGAUAUUGGCACUCACUCCUUUCGCAAAGGUGUGGCCAGUUCUUUGUCCAACUGUCCUGGCGGUCCACAGGCAGUGUCGAUCUGGCUCCGUGCGGGGUGGAGUUUGGGCAGUGUACAAGGUCAGUACAUUUUCGAGGGUUCAGGGGGAGACCAAUUUGUUGGCCGCGCAGCAACAGGCCUCAAUGUGAACGACGACAAGUUCGGUAUUUUGCCCCCCCAUUUUGGCAACAUGGCAGUCGUUACGCCCGCGCUGUGGGAACAAAUCCUGCCAGGAUAUUCCACGUUUUAUUCCCCGUCGUUUCGCUCAGCCAUCCCUUUUCUCUUGGCCUCAUUGGUGCAUCAUCACGAUUGGCUGAACAGGACUCUCCAUCCCUCGCACCCCCUGUUUCUUUCCCCUGCUUGGGUGUCCGGGAUACUGACCGCACUACUGCCAAACGUGUAUGUGGGUAACUUGCACAACCCUGCAACUAACAUGGUGGCAACUGGAAUCCCCCCCAUGUACCACUCUACCAGCAGCUACGUGACAUGCAGCAAUCGAUAACUAGUGUAAACACCGCGCUGGAAACUGGUUUUAGUAGAAUUCCUCAACAAAUUCGAAGUGGAAUUGAGUCUGGUGUGCCUGGCGAUAAACCUGUCACGAUGGGGUUAUUGCGCCACACUUUGCACGAUUUUGGCCAAUCACUACUCUCCAAAUUGUCCCC